AUGCGUGAACAAGACGCGGAAGGUGAAAAGGAUUUGGUACUGGAACUACGGAAGAGCCUAUAUGGGCUUAAGCAGGCCAAUCGACUAUGGAGUCAGCUGCUGCACAAGCGUCUCGUCGAGGCAGGUUUUAUGCGCUGUGAAAGCGAUAUGUUUUUCUAUUGGAAAAAGGAAGACGAAGAUCUCGUGGUUGUGGGCGUUUAUGUGGACGGCCUUUUGACGACGGGAACAAGUGUGGAAGCAGUCGAGCGAUUUUUCGAAAGUCUGUCGUCAAUAUCGAUCAAGGAUCUGGGACGCGUAAGUAAAUUUUUGGGUAUGCGGGUUAAUUUGGAUGAUACAGGCAAAUAUACACUGGACCAAGAGGAGGCGAUCGCUGAUCUACUUCGGACCAAUGGGCUGGCAGAAGCAAAUCCGACGCGCGCGCCUAUUGGCAACGACUGUUACGACGUACCACCGGACGACGUGGAGCUGCUUGGAUCUACAAGCGCAGGCACUGGCCCAACGGUCCGCAGUUUUCAGUCGCUUGUUGGGGGUUUGCUGUGGAUUGCGCGUUGCACACGGCCGGACAUCGCGUUCGCUGUGCACAAGGCUACAAGACAGACUCAUGCACCGCGAGUGAUUGACUGGAAGCUCGCUAAAAGGAUUGCUCGGUACCUAAAGGGUACCGCAAGCUUGAAAAUAACGAUGUCGCCAGGUCAAGAACAAUAUCAGGGAUUGGAGCUGGAAGUGUUUAGCGACGCUGAAUUUGCUGGAGACAAGGGCGAAAGGAAGUCGAUGACAGGUGGCGUGCUGCGGCUAAACGGUAUGACGGUGAGUUGGGGAGCUCGAAAACAAGGUGGAGUUUCCCUUUCGACGAUGGAAGCUGAAUUUGUCGCUGCCUCGGAGAUGGCGCGUGACCUGCUCGGGCUGCGAGAGCUGCUUAGCGAGAUCGGCAUGUCACCAGCACUGCCAAUGAAGCUCUACGUGGACAAUCAAGCGGCUAUAAGUCAGAUUUAUGGCGAAGCAUCGUCGAUGAAGGCCAAACACAUCGACGUACGGUUCAAGUUUCUAUGCGAUUUCUCGCGCCGCGGUGUGAUCGCUGCGCACUAUUUGAGGUCUGAAGUGAUGCUUGCGGACUUGAUGACGAAGGCCCACGAUGCGGAGAAACUUACAAGGCUUCGUGUUCUGAUGCGCAUCGAGUAG